CGCCGCCUCGCGACGAUGCUGCUGGUGAGCCAGGCCGCGAACGGCUCCCUCUCCGCGCGGCGGCUGCCCUCCAAGCCGCCCGCCAGCCACCGGGGCGCCAACCCCUACCCACUCUUCGCCAACCCCCGCCUCGCGCGCCGCCGCCUCGCGCUCUCCGGCUCCGGCGCCGACGCUUCCCGCCGCGCCUCAGCGCAAUCCCCUCCCCCCCGCGCGGCCGCGGGCGAGGGGCCCUCCGGCUCCGCCGCCGCCGAGGACCCGGUCCUCGUCGGCGUCAACGACGACCGCGUGCCCCUCGAGGGCGUCAUCCAGGUCGAGAAGCCCGGCGGCGCCGACGCGCAGGCCAAGCUCGUCUCCUACGCGAAGGUAGGGCUUUUGGCCGGAGGGGAUCUGCUUUGCCUCCUGGUGUUCUCCGCGAUUGGAAGGUUGAGCCAUGGCCUACCCGCCCUUGACGCCGAGACGUUCAAGACGGCCGACCCGUUCAUUGCCGGUUGGCUGCUCAGCGCCUACUUCCUCGGUGGGUUUGGUGAUGAGGCCAAAGGAAGCAAUGGUGUGGGGAACGCUGUAACUGUUGCAGCCAAAUCCUGGGCCGUUGGGAUUCCGUUAGGAAUUGCCAUUCGUUCACUGGCAUCUGGUCAUGUUCCACAAACUCCUUUUAUCUUGGUGGCUAUGGGAAGCACUGGGGUCUUGUUAACUGCAUGGCGUGCUCUGGCUUCCCAAGUUCUUUCCACUGGACAGAAGAAGAAGGAUGAUGUCUACAAAAAAGGAAACCCUUUUGAGCUUUUUGAGCUGCUCACAUCGCUGGUGCGGAGGUGGUGACACCUGAAGCUCAGACAGGCGAUGGUUGCCACCGACCAGGCGACCACUAGGUUCAAUUCAACAAUCUAUGGUGUAAGUACAAUUUUGAAGGCGGAGAUGGCCGUAUUAGAACAUAGUUGGAGCACAGGCAGGGCUGAAUUCUUCGAUAAGAUCAGAUGAGGCCAUGCCACAUAUGCUAAUAUUAAGAUGUAGCUGAUCAAACACUUAUGAUUAUAUAUGCAGUUUGACCCAAUAACUCUUCUAA